UCAUAAAAUGGAGCGAUGAAGUAUCGCGAACGAAAUGUCGUAAUGAUAAUCCACGGUGAAAGGCCAGGAUAUCGUGAUAAACCAUAUCGAUGAUUAAAUAAUGCAAUGUGUGAAUGUCAAAUGAUAACAACGAGUUGUUUGGAUGCAAUCUUGACAGCAAACGGUUUCAGCUAAAUUUAUUCAUACGUGGCAGAAACCUGCUGAUCAUCAAGAGGCCAGAGUCCAUUCCAUUAAGGUUAGAAACAUGAUUUCGAGCUUCUACGAAAAAAUUGUCGGUGGAUCACCUCCGUGUGAAGAGAAUAACCCAAAAAUUCUUUGCGUUGGACUAACAUGCCUUGACAUUGUGCAAACAGUUGACAAUUUCCCUAUCGAGGACUCGGACACUAGGUGUUCAGACUACAAAUGGCAACUCGGUGGCAACUCAGCGAAUGACUGCACUGUUCUAUCUCUGUUGGGCAGUUCAUCCGAAUUUUUUGGAGUCCUAGGGGAUGACUAUCAAUUUCGUUUUCUUCAGGACGAUAUGCGCAAACAUGGCAUUGACUUCUCACACUGUCCUAGGGUCGAGGGCAUUGGUUGCCCCACGUCUACAGUAAUUCUUUGCUCCAGCUCUGGAUCACGUACCAUUGUGCACUACAACCCUAAUUUUCCAGAGUUGACACUGGAGGACUUUGAAAAAUUGAAGUUAGAGGAUUAUAGUUGGAUUAAUUUCGAGGGCAGGAAUAUCCCGAGAGUCCUGGCGAUGAUGCAACAUGUUGAAGCAUACAACGAUUCUCUGAAGGAAGGAGAAUCAGACCGGUCCCCUGUGACCAUCAGUGUUGAGCUAGAAAAGAUGAAUCCGGAAUUGCUUGAUCUCUUACCUUACGCUGAUGUUGCAUUUGUUUCGAAGGACUUUGCUCGCAACCGUGGGCAUGAAAACAUGAGCGAAGCCAUUCGAAAUAUCGCUCAAGAUAUCAAAUCUGGUGCUACGAUCGUUUGUGCCUGGGGUGACAGAGGAGCCAUGGCAAGAACUCGUGAUGGUACAAUCGUCCAAUCUCCAGCUUUCCCUCCUCCAAAGAUCGUUGAUACUCUGGGAGCGGGGGAUACAUUCGUUGCUGCAACUAUCCACUAUUUAAAUAACAUUAAACUUCAGAGUGAAAAAAAGGAGAAUAAAUCCGACAUUCGGGACCAAGUGAACCAAUCAGAUGGAGGAGUAACGAGAAACCAAAACAUCGAGAGCCUCCAAUGCAGUAAAACUGCGUUCAUAGAUCAAUCAGCUCUGCAAUCAGCCAUCACCUUUGGCUGCCGAAUGGCUGGCAUCAAGAUAGGAUUUAGUGGAUAUGAGGGCUUACGAUCAAAGGAAAACAUUAAGCACAUACACCUCUGAUAAUUAACUUUGUUAAUUAUACUGGAGAAUUGAACGGAUUAAAAUUGAUCUUCUGAGUCGUUUGGUAUUUUUGUCGUCUAUAUUCCUGUAUUUUUUGAUACAAUAAAUUUUAUAAUAUUAUGAAAAAUGAAAAUAUUCAACAGAUGUACCUCAGCACUCUCUCAAUAAAAAUAUUGUGUUUGUGUGCGCACUUUCAGCUACA